AUGCAUUCUGCCUCUGCACCCCUGUCCUACCAGGCCGUCGGUCAUCUAGGCGACUCCACAUUCAGCCUCCAAUCCAAAUCAACAGACCUAUGCCUUCGUCCACCCACAAACAAAGAUCUACCCUCAAUACUGGAAAUUCUCCAGAAUAACGCAAAUUCAAAAUUCGACAGGUCCCUCUCUGAAGCUUCAAUCGCCCAGUUGAUAGAAAUCGCUCAACGAUGGACAUCUCUCUCAGAGCCUCUUACAUCUCUCAUGUUCCUCAUCUGUCAUCCAAACCAUGACGCACCCAUUGGAAUCGCUGGUUUUGGCUGGAUUGGUCCCAUGAGGGGAAUUCAAGUGGGAGAUAAUACAUCUCGAGCCGGCGUCGCAGGCCUGAUGAUCCAGCCGGCCAUGCGGGGAAAAGGUUAUGGCCACGAUGCCCUCAAGAUGGUGUUUCACUAUGGACUACACGAGUUGAAACUUGUCGAGAUCCGGCUCUGGAGUCACUCCGGAAAUGUCCCGAUGAGAAUGUUGAUGGAGCGGAAAUUUGGGUUACAGACUGAAGAGGGCGAUCGAGAUCGCGUGGAUGAGUUUGGGAAUGAUCUUUUAUGGGCUGUUACGAAGGAGAAGCUAGCUGGUGCUUUAUCUACGAAAAACUCUUAG